CCUGACCAAAACCCUAGAAAGCCCACCUUCCUCCGCCUACCGUCUCCGUCGACGGCCGCGCCGGCGGCCUGAGGUACCAGAUCCAGCCACCGACGCGUUAUCCUGCCCCUUUCCCUUCGCUCCAAGCAGUAUGGUUCUCCGGUGGAUACACCCAUACAGAUAUCAUCAAAGUAGAAAUGGUGUUAGGUUUUCUCCCGCUCUAUGUCGAUUCGUGCGUACAAUUGGUUCCUUUACUGAUUAGAUAAUCAGUAAAUCAGGGUAUAUAAGACUAGAUCCUUGUUUUGAGAUGUUUCUUUUUCUGCUAGCCAUCUGUUGCAUAUUUGGAUUCAGUUUAAAUAAAUAUAGUGCCUGAAGUUUCAUCAUUGCUGGGUCAAAUUGAAAUGUCUGAAACGCUGAGUGUUAUUCGAUACUGCUCCCUCCGUUCCUAAAUGUAAGAAGUCUUUGCUUUGUAUUAAGUCAAACUUCUUAAACUUUGACAAAGUUUAUAGAAAAAUCUACAGAAAUUUACGGCUCUAAAUUAGUUUUAUUAAAUCCAUCAUGAUAUAUAUUCCACAUUAUACUCAUAUAGAACAUGUAUUGAUUUAUUUUUUUAUAAACUUGCUAGAAAUUAGAUUUAGGACAAAGCUAGGACUCCUUACAUUUAGGAACGGAGGGUGUACCGUAUUAUAGAGCGGAUAGGAAUUGCACCUCUAGGAAGGUGUUAGAUGGCAUGCUAUAAUCUUUAAUAUGGUGAUUUACAUCUUUUUGAAUGAAGCAAUCAAUCAAUUGUUUACAAGCUUUCAUGUGUUCAGACAUUCCAGACUUGCUUUACAGCAACAAGUAUUGUCCAUGAAUUUAUCACCAGCUAGUUGUAGCAGAAUUCAUCUAUUUUGGCUUUUGGGGUUCACAUCUAAUCAAUUGCAAGUAUUACAGAUACUCUGCAUCAUAGUGAAUGGUUAUAGACGACAGCUCCUUCUUCAUGUUGGAAAGGGAAGAUUGUCCAUUGCAGUUUCUUUCUUUGAGGGAUAGGAUCAAAUGGGAGCCUCUAUUCAAAUUGUGAGGCGCAUGGUAAUACUGUAUCUGUCCAUCAGUACAGCCAAUCAGCGCUAUCAUGGAUAUUAUGAUCCUUUGUGUAUGUGAGGUAAAUGCUGAAGCACUUUUGUUGGUCGAUGGCAAGGAUUCAUGAAUCAUGAUGCCAGAAUUGUCUUAUGUUUUGAUUAUUAACCUUUGUUUUCAUGAAUCUAACACGCCCGGUAUAGUAGGACGGAGGGAGUAUUUCUGUUGAAUAAGUCAGUGUCCACAUUGUUGCGUUUAUCAGAUGGCAAGUGCUUUAGCUGGAACUUAUUUUUAUUGCAUGGAUAGAUUAAACCAGCUAGCUAUGGAAUCUCUAGGUUUUUUGUUUGCACGUCUUAUCAAGGUAAAUGCAAUAAGCUAACCCGUCGAGAUCAUUGAACAACAUAUCUUUUCAGUGCAUGUAAUUGUUUUCUUUAUCACAAACUUAUUUGGUACUCCAUCUGUCAACUCUUAGUGGACGUGCACGCAUUUUGAGGUUUAACUUUGACCAUUAAUUAGACAAAUAAAGUGCCAUUUGAAACUUUUUUUGAAUUCAAACUCAAUGGUAUAGCUUUUGUGGCACAAAACUACAUAUUAUUGGUCCCCGUCCCCCCGUCAGGGGGCAUCAUUGUCACACAAGACUAUAUACUUCACCAUUGGCACACUCCAUCCCUUCGUCACUUGGUCAAAGGUUGAUUUGAAAGAAAAGAAAGCCUAGGGUAGUUGAACAGUAAUCUAUGAAGGCACUGCUGCAGCUGAUUGAUAAUUGGAUGUUGCUUUCUGCAUUUCAUUUAAUAUUUCCAGCUAGUAGCUAGCUGAUUGCAUGCUAUCCAUAUUACUUACACUCAUUUUUCUGUCUAGUUUCUGCCACAAAGUUAUCAGUCCUUGGCUGAUCUGGGAGACCUAUCCUCAAAGCACAUACGAAUAUAUAUGUACAUAUAUUCUUCUUAAGGUGUUAUAUGCCAGAGACAUGACUUGUGCACCUAAUAUUUGAAUUAGUCAAAGCAUAUCUAUGGAAGAAAAAUUACACCCUGACAAAACUAUAGGAUCAAGCAAUGUCAUCAUGGAUUUGUGCUAGCUUAGGGUAUCAAGGAAAAUGAUAGGUUGAACACCGAUGUUCUCCAACGGUUGGGUGGUUAAGAAGCAAAGCCAAAACCUUUCGUUUUCUAAUCUUAUCCAUGAUGUGCUUGCUUUCAAACUAAAAAAAAUAUCCAGUAUCAUGGUAUUUCCAACAUGAGGUUGCAUUGUUGUCUGAGUUCUCGAAGGGUGAAGCUUGUCUACUGAACUAGAAUGAACAUGUUUAUUGUUGUUGCAUAUGAUCUCUUGUUCACUCCUUUGCACUUGUUGCUUCUAUAGCAAGGUGAUGUGAUUGCUUUAUGAAGAACCAAAAUACAAAAAAGGCAGGCGGCUUGGGUCAUCGCUUGCAUGAUUAUUUUUUAUUAUUUAGUUGUCUCCAGGAUUUCAGCUCAGAGUGUCCCUGUGGGUUCACUAAUUCCAAAGAUUCCUGACUAUGUGCACUAUUGGGACUUUGACAUCUUGUGUUCUCCAAGAUUACUGUUUUUUAUUUUGGUGUUUUGCUGAUAUGCUCUCUUGUGGAUGGCGAGUACAGAAUUAGCAGGCUCCACAUGUCCCUGCUGUUUUUGGCAGUGCUGAGUCUACUAGAUGAGUCUUUGGUAUCUUUUUGUUUGUCAAGUUGAGAUUCCUGCAUAUGUUCUGCAUUAUAGGAGUACAUAUUUGCAUGCUUCCCUUUAUGUCCUUGCAAUAUUGUCGGGUAUAAUUAUAAUUGUAGGUUUAUUCUUUAUAUGCAAGAUGUUGGAAAUCCUUGCUUUAGAAAUAGACAUGGCACCUACGAAAACUGAAUACGGAAUGACCUUGGACCCCACUCAAGCACGGGCCAUCUGCAGCCUACAGCCUAGCUCUUUGUCCAUCGGAAACAAUGCAUCAUUAGGUAAAGGAAGGGAGGAAGGUGGCUAUAAAUAUGCAAUGCGAUGGAGAGGGUUGGUCUGUGCUGAAAGCAAGCUAGCUGGGAGCAAAGAGGCAGAAAAGAGAAAGAGAGGUCACCCCAUGAUGAAGAGGCUUGUGGUCCUGAGGAGGUGCCAGCCAAUCCUGCAGUUCAGAUGCUGCAGCGUGCGGUACAGCGAGUGCCGCCGCAACCAUGCUGCCAGCAUGGGGGGCUAUGCCGUGGACGGGUGCCGGCAGUUCAUCGCUGACGGAGAGGAGGGUAGUGCCGCGCUCAAGUGUGUGGCCUGCGGCUGUCACCGCAGCUUCCACCGCAGGGUGCAGGUCUACGAGGUGGCAUGGGACUACGAAUCCGACAAGUCGUCUUCGUCCUCCUCCAGCAGCGGCGGCGACUAGGCCGCCGGAGUUCCAUAGACAGGCCCCUGCAACAGCAGCAUUCAGCAAUUGAUUCAUCGUCCCUUCUCGUCCGUCUCAGGCAUCGUCAAACUACUUCUAGGUGGGGGUGCAUCAUUUCUAGCCUAGGAUCCCUAUGAUUGUUAGCUUCUGUAUUGCCGAAACGCUUAUAAUAACUCGGGUGAUCAUCUCUACUCUACUCUUUAGUGUCUUGUUUGUCUUCUUCGCGAUCCUAAUUGUAAUCGAAUGCAUGCCAGCUCAAGUUAUCUAAGUACCUAUUGCUUCUGUAUCUGAAUCUCUCAGUGGCUGCCAUCUCAACUUCAAUUCACUGGCUA